AGUAGAGCCGGCAGCAGCCGCAGCGGAGUUUUCACGCAGCACUGGGAGCGUGCGGCUCUCACUUGCCCUGCAAGCAGCCUCCGUUGUGGGAAGAUUUGGGUCUAGUGUUCAGGAUUUCAGGAGCUUUCUGGAUUCCCCACCGCCAUGCGUUCCUUGGGGAAGGGCAAGCAAAAGACAGAAACAGAAAUUUUUUGCUGGCUUUUAACAUGAUCAGCCUUUCUUUGCUCUGUGGAUUGUGCCUGGAAUUCCCCAACUAGCCUCAGGGUCCCUGUCAUCCUGAGCAAAAGAGAAUCACAGGACGAAUCCUUCAACUGUAAGUGCUGCUGCUGUUCUCCAGCAUUUCUUCUCUUGUGUGUUGGCAGGGGCCCUUGCAUGGUGUGUGCCAAGGCCAGGGGCCUAGCGUGAACAGGUGCCAAGGAGGACAGGGCUUCAUAGCUGUGUGGGCCAUUACGGUAUUUGCAGCUUGCCAUUGCAGGGAUUAGAAAUUUUCCUCUUUGAUACGAGUGUUAAAGGAAGAGGAAGAAACAGUGUUCUCCUUCCACGUGGAAGAGAGAAACCCAAGAAACCUAAUGUUGCACCAUCUUUCUUUGGAUGCAAAGAGGACUUUGGGUGGCUUAGUUUUACACUGGCACAGGUCAGCUGGCCUGAUCCACUUUCCCUGCUCCACUGCAGCCAGGCCACUCGCCUCUUCCUUAACCAAUCCCAGAGUUCUUCAUCUCAACCCUCCCCCGUUCCUAUGCGACUCACACAACAGACAUUGCACAUCUUCUGGGACGGAAUAGUGGCAUUUUUGAAAUUCUGUACAGCAAUGCCCCUGGGCAGCUGAAGGAAUAACGUAGCCAAGAGUCAAGGCAUAGUCUAGCAUCCACUACUGGAUCUCUUUCUAGCGUUCAAAACUCAUGAAAAGCUUCAGGACUCUGCUCCUUUACACUGGAGGCAUAGGAGUGAAUAACUUAAGGAAGUUAUAGGUGUAGCAGGUUCAGCACUGUUUACUCAGGCAUUAAAAGGGGUAUGUCAACAGCAAGAUUUACUUUUUAGCCUUCCAGAACAGAGUUCACCUAAUGUGUUAACUAUGGCUUAGGUAACAGCCCUUCUCAUAGCAACACCAUCUGCGUAACACAACAAACACAGCCCCCCUGUUAAGGGUUUGGCAAUUCCAGGAUUGUUCCCUUUCUCUUUCAGAUCUUUGGGAGCGCCUGACCCCACGCGGCCCAGUUCACAGCCUGAUUCUCUGCAUGUUUUUUCAGAAGUAAGUCCCACUGAGGAAAACCCAUCUUCAGCAGUACAACGCAGAUUUUCCCAGGGAGAGCGCCAGCUCCAAAGAAACACACACUUGGACACAGGGCUUUAAAGCCCAGACCUCACCUUUCCAUAGAAAUACAGCCCAAAAGCAAGUCUGGAUGAGCCCUGAGUGUGGAUCCCUGAGACCACUCCGAAUGUGAGCCUAGAUCUGUUCAGAUUAAUGUUGCUUGUUCUGCUGUAAUGAGGCAACUUCUGAUGGGAUCCAAAUUUUUAAACAAGAUUUGGGCACCCCAAAAAUAGAGGCAUCUCCCCACUUAUGUCGGGGUUAUGUUCUGGGCCCCUGCACACAUAAGUGAAAUUGUGUAAAGUGGGGCGCACCCUCUAACAAGCCUUUAAAUGCCUGUUUUAUCCUGCUCUCCAGCGCUCUCUCUCCACAACGCUCUCUUUAACUAGAGUUGACGUUUUGGGGCUGGCUGCAGAAAAGUGGCUGCUGCUGCUGCUGCGCUACCCUGCUCAUCAGCUCCUAGGCGGGGAGGCUGAGGAGCCUAAACAAAGCCCCACUGUGCCUCUGGUCUCUUUGGGACUUCCUCUGCCCUCACUGACAGAGACUCUCCAGCUUGAGGCGUUCUCAAAGUAAAGGAAGGAUUGAACUCUGAUUAAUAAGAAUACACACAGAGGCUUGAACCAGCAAGACUCUGGGAAGGGUGCGUAUAAUAAUCUCUCUCCCUCUACCCCUCAGCCCAGGUCGUUUUAUUCACAAAAGAACUUUUUACAGGGUGUUCGUAAGAACCAAUCAGAUUUCUUCUGAGCAUUUCAACAAACCCCACGUGGGGAAAAUUAAACUACCAAAACUAAUUAAGCACGCAUAUUUCUGGGGUAAACAAAAUAGAACUACGAAAGGAGUGCCGUCUGGCAACCCAGGGAGGUGAUAAACAAGCAAUAUACAUGAUAAGAAUGAGGGCCAGGAGGACAGCGAUCAUUAUCACCUUCAGGUGAGAUCUGUUUCCUGGCCCUAAGAUUAACAUCCUAAGAUUAACAUACCAGAAAAGCUACAUCAAAGAAACUGGCCACUGUCUUUGAUGACCCAGGAUGCCUGCCUGGUGAAGCAACUGGCAGUGUAUGUGACUGGUCAAGAAAGAGAAAUGGAACAGGGAUGCAGAGGUGUGGAUUGAUCAAGAAUCAUAUCAAAAUAGUUUAAACCCAGUCAACGCAAUGCUUUCAUUGCUGACACAGAUGGCUUACUCUAUAUUUGUUAUAUUUCCUCAUAGCAAUCCCCCCUGAUCACUACCCCAGCUCUCUCCCACAAAUUCCUGGUACGAUUCUAUUUAUUUAAUUAUUUCCCGGCACCACAAAUAUAUGCAGUCAUGUGCAAGUAGAAUGCACAUAAGUGGGGUAUGCUUGUACAAAAAUAAUGUCUCAGUGGUGGAGGAUAAAUUUGCAUGACAUGUUUAAUCACAACAUUCAGAAAUUCUAUGCAAAUUCUGGGCUGUUAAUUGGACAGCUGGAAGAUAUGCAGCUAUCUUGAGGGAAAGAGGAUGUGGGGCUGACCUUGCUAAAUCUUUUUCAGAUUCUCCAGGGGUGCCAGGAAGCCUUUCUCUCUCUGGGACUAAAGACAGACAUGGCAGGUGGGGAGACCUCCAGGCGCUGGGAGGCCGAGAGGCAGGAUGGCAAGAGGGCAGAGGCCAGGCUCAUCCGCGGACUGCAGCAUUUAGAAGAAGCCCGCCUCUCCUAUUUGAAUUCAAUGAUGAAGGAGCAGCGGAGACUCCAGCAGGAGCUCAUGAGAAUGCAGAAGAGUGAGGAGCUGUUUCCUCCUUCUUUCACCCAAUGCAAUGACAAAUAAAGCCACUUUUUGAAAGCAGGGAUUCUGCAGCUGGAAUUAAUUUGGUGCAGAAUUUGACCCCUGUCCCCAAGAUUACCCUUGGAAGGCCACAGAUGCUCUGAUCCUGAUCCAGGAUCCAGGAAGGGAAGAAGCAGGCUUCCAUGUGUGUCAAUGGGGUUGCAUAUUCUUCCACUGAAUUGGCUGGGUGCAUCUUUUGGAUGUAGACUGGAGAUGGCAUCUCUGCCCAUCUGAGACUGCCCAUUCUAUGCAAGUUGUUCCCCAUGACUAGGGCUAGUUUAAGAUUAGAACAUCAAUCAAUAUGGUCCUAAUGACCUAAUCAGACCCUAGUCUGGUUGCAGUUCAGUGCCAGAAAAUGACCCCCAUCCUCCUUGGUAAACAGCCUUUCCCCACCCUUCUUUGACUCAAAUGUAGCCCAGUUGAUGAAAGAAUCUUCCUUUCAGGGUGAAAAGCAAUUUGGGGAAGCCAUUUUGAGUGGACAAACAGCAUGACAGGAUUAAGCCGUCCCAUUCUGUUCCUUUGUUGAAAUUGACAGCCUCCUCCCAGCUGUUCUUCAGGUAAAACAAUCACAAAUCAUUCACACAUCUCCUGUGUAGAGCAGGAGCAGCCAAUGUGGGGCACCCCACAUGUUUUGAGGUACAACCCCUGUUAACCCUAUCCAGCAGCCCACAGAAUCUGGAUGGUACCAUGUUGACAAUGCUUGAUCUAGAUUGACUCCAAAGUCCCUGUUUGGGGACUUUUAAUGCAGGGGGGAUCCUGAUAACCAUCCUGCUCCUUUUCUCCCAAGGUCGCUCCAAGCAGAAGCUUUCAGUGGGCCCUGGACGCAGAAGCAUAAAACUGGCUCUUCCACUCCUGUCCCCUCAGGCAGGACGGGAUUACGGCAGAUUCCAAGAUGCGACACAGCGGUAAGGGUGUCUGUCAGGAGAACUUCACAUCUGGGCUCCUAAAAUGCCAUGCAUGUGUCUAAGGAAUGGAAAUCCAAGUUUUAUUCUCAUGUCAUGAGCAUUGCAUCUGCCGCCCAUUUUCCUCUUCUAUUUCAGCUGCCUUGUUUUACCACAGAAUUUCUCCCCAUUUCAUGGCAUCAUACUAGCCCUUCCUUUCCAUAUCUCUAUCAAAUGACUGUCUCCUGACAGACAUGCUCCCUCUCAGCUUUGCUAGAGAGCAGCUUCAGUCUCCACCCAGUAAGCCAUUGUGCAAAGGCGAGAGAGAGGUCAGUCAGCGGAAUGGAAAGAGGAGGCAUGUUUUUGGAGGGGUGCAUCAGUCAAAAACGCUUAUGAAGGGUGCAGAGUAGGACUGGAGAAGGGGGUGGCUUGAGUCCCAGCAGAGCGACCUGGAGGGCUGCAUCUGGUCCCUGAGCCUGAUAUUUGCUAUCCAUGCACACUGAACAAACUACAGUUCCCAGGAUUCCCAUGGGUUGCCAUUUUCUGGUUUGCCUCAGGCAGGAAAAUGUAUUGGGCUGGCUCUGGUUCUCCUCCUCUCCUCCCAUGUGUACCCCUUGAAUCUGUUCUAAAUCUCUGGAACAUAUUUGGUAACAGUGCAGGAUAUGUGCAGAGUGGGGAAAGUCCUGUUGUGCCAGCAAUAAUCCUUGUGUGAGCACAAUUAGUUAACUGACUACCACCUGAACUGUCUCUGACUGUGGAGACAGAACAAAGCCUUCAAAACAUCGACUGGAAGUUUAAAUGGAGGAUGGAGGCAGAGUCACUGCGUAAGCUUUGCCUCAUGCAAAGUAGUAGCAGCCCACUCCCUACUCCACAUUGUCACAGCAAACACUGAACAAGAAGCAGCAGCCAAAUCUUGGCACUCUCGUGAGGGUACUUGCCUGAUAACAUGUUCGCAAACACAUUCACUCUUUCCACUUCAAAAAAGAUACGAGGAAACGCUCCAAUUUAGGGUUAGACCCUGCCAAUUAGAGGCUGCACUUUGCCCUCAGAAGCACAUGGACUUCCAGACCACUGAGGUGGUUGCAGUUUCUUUAUCCUCUGUGCAGUGGGGAACUGAAACCACCCUGCUUAGGCCAGGGCUGUGUGACUCUCCCUCUUUUCUUCUAGAUCCAAGAGGAAAACACUGGCCAAGGCAGGAGGCUUUCCGGGGACAAGCCAGCCUUCCUUGUAUCUACGGAAGCCUGAUGGUGAUGUCGCAAGAAAUGAAGAGGGCAGAAAAGGGCACUUGCCCCCCUUGAAUGUCACAGACCCAAACACCACUGCUGACAGGGACAUAGCCACCCUACAGGACUCCAUCGCCAAGCAGCUGUGCAUCUCCUCAGAGGCUGGGGAGGGAGAGGAAGCAGAUGGAACCGAGGGCCAAGGGGAAGGGCCUGCAGAGAAAGACAGCAGAGCUGCUGCUGGAGCCAAGGGCACAGAGCUCGUGACUCUCCCAGGGCAGCGAAGGCCUUCCCUUGGGCCUGAGAGGCUGAUCAUGGAUCCAGAGGCCUAUGCAGCAGAUGGACGCCUCAGGACCAUGUAUGCCAGGCCAGAUUUCCUAAAGUCUUAUGCGGAAGCUAGGAAAGCCCGCUACAUUCGCCACAAGAACGCUCCUGCCUGGGAAAAGGAACUGAGUCUCCAGGAGAUAUUUGGACACAAAAAGACCAUGCAGCGUUCACCACAGGGGCAGGCUAUGAUGAAACCAUAGCCCUGAGUGCACGGGGAAAGGAUGCCAUGACCCUCCAAAAUCAUGGUACUGAAGAUCACCAUCAGCUCAAAGCAGGCUUGCACACCCUGAAAUAGCACACCAAGCCAGUUGUUCCCAGGACUCUUCCAUAUGAAACCGUGGGCUUUGGACUUGGGUAGGGUGUCCUCAGCAUGCUGAUGGCACUUAACUCUGUUUUUCUGCAACAUAUGAAUCAGCUGCGCAAGUUCUUGGUCAGUUUGGUUGGGUGAAGGUGGAAAGUUUCUUGAAACUGCAUUCUGAUCUGUUUUGUAGGUUCAUGUGCUCAGGAGGAGCCCAGCACCUUCUUUAUACACCUUUAGGCGCAAGGCGAAAACAUUCCUCUUCAAGCUGGCCUUUGGCUUACAACAUCCUAUAUCCUCUUAAAUAUGUUUCUGGCGGUGGGGAAGGGGCUUUGUUUUGUUUUGCUCUUUUUUAUUGUGUAUUUUGUGUUUUUAUCUUGCAUUUUUAUGCUGCGAAUCCCCUGAGAACUACAGAUGGAGGGCAGGUUUGUAGUCUGGGAGUGUUGGAGGCCCACACGCCUGCAGUGGCUCGUUCUUUCCAGGACUGGGACAACUUGGCCACAGAGGUGCAUGCCUUGGUAACUUCCAAGACUAGACUACUGCCAUGGCACUCUAGGUUGGGCUGCCCUUAAGGCCAGUUCAGAAGCUGCAGCUAGUGCAAAGUACAGCAGGUAAUUGCUUUGCAGGGUGUGACCCAUCGUCAACAUGUCACUACUGUGGAAGGAACUGCACUGGAUGCCUAUAUGCUACUGGACCAGGCUCAAGGUUUUACUUUCAGAUUUUACUGAAGCUUUUUCAUAAUACAGUAAGAUGAAAGAGUCCUGUAUCAGGAAGUUUUUAAUGUUUAAUAUUUUAUUAUGUUUUAUAUAUGCUGUAAGCCACCCAGAGUGGCUAGGGGAACCUAGUCAGAUGGGCAGAGUAUAAAUAAUAAAAAUACUAUUAUUAUU